AUCGUCAAAAUGAUUGGAAAUGUUUAUAUUCAAAUGUGUGAAAUGUUCAAAUCGAGGAAAAAUUCAAUUUGUUUAUUUUUCUAUUAUCUUUCUUUUAUUGAAUAACAGAAUAAAAUUUACCGGUGAAUUAAAAAAGUCAACAUUAAAACUGUUUUUCACCACUAUCUACCUGAUCUGUAAAUCUGACUCAUUGAUAGUUUCUUAUUGACAUUCUAGUUUUACAUGCAGAAAUGAAUAGAGAGAUAAUAUGUUCAUAAGGAUUGAUAAAAAGAUUUAUGCUGAUGAUCAUUAAUGAUUAUACAAAAAGAGCAACUACAAUCAACAGAAUUAAUCUGUAAACCAUAAUAAAUGAAAAUGCAGGCAAAUCAAGAAACUGUCCUGACUACUGGUGAGCCAUUGCAUCAAUAAAAAUGUAUCUUACUGUUUUGUCCUUUGCUAUUUUGACUUUUGCUGUUUUGAACCUAAAUCAUUCUUUGUGCUGCAAAACAUUUGUUUCAUCUUAAUUUUUUGAUUUUCAUUGUAAAUUUUGUUUCAGUGAACAUCUUUUGAUUAUUUUCUGAUCAACUUUCACCAUGUUUUUUACACCGAGUCAAUCAUUUUCCGACCUCAUGGAAAGUGAACUCCAAGAAUCAUCAAUUGAAAACAAUAGUUUAUUAAGGACUCUCAUACCUGAUGAGGGAACAAUCAAACAUUAUUUAUGUGAUUUAGAUGAGCCAUCAGCUUAUUCCUGUCGACAGUUUUCUAGCUUACUAACGAGUACCAUGGAAAUUGUGCAAAAUGAUUGCUCAGAUAUGGAGUUGGAUCAGUCAAUCCAUGACCAAAGUACACCAGAAAUUUUAUCAACUUCAAGACCAGAUUCGAGUGGCAAUAAUUUACCAGACAUUCUAUCCAAUCGUCAACUUGUCACUAACAGAAGGCGCGAAAAUUUAAAGUUGAACUUUAUACUUUUAGUUAAACAUGGAUACAAGUUGACACUAACAUUAAACACUGACAAUUCUCAGGUGACUGAAACAUGGCAUCCAAAUGUGGUUAAGCAGAUAUUAGCGACUCAGUACUCUUCGAUAAGUUUAAAGUCUGAAUACAUGUCCAAACAGUUAACAUUGGAUCGCUUUGAACGAUUAUAUAUGGAUGAAGCGAUUACUGCUUUUCAGGGUAAAACAAAUUUUCAUUUAACGUUAAGCUUAUCCGACAAAAGCAAUUCAAAACUAAAAGCAAAUCCAAAUGCACUUGCUUCGAUGUGCAAUGGAAUCAGAGGUUUCAGGAAACUUGAAAGAUGUGACAAAAUAGCUCUUUUAUCAAACACAUUUUAUGAUCUCUUCCUCAUGAAAGGAAUAGUCAACUACGAUCCAGCAAUUGAUGGUUGGGAAUUUCCAGAAUCUGGAUUGACUUUUGAUCGAAGAGAUGUAUUUCUUUUUGACCGAUUCUUGAAUGAUGGUCUAACGCAUAUUAUUGAAACCUUUCCAGAUCGAUUUAGAAAUGACCCCAAAGCUGUACUACUUAUUUACCUGUUAAUAAUCUUUAACCCUGAUCUACCUGAUCUGAAGCAUCCCGAGAUUGUUAGAUAUGAACAACUAACUUAUGUAUAUUUGCUUGGACGUUACUUGAAGACAGUCUGUGAUUCCGACUGUGAAGCUUCAGACAACCAUUACAGGUUGAUGGCUAAAAUUGAUCAGGUCAAACUGUUACGAAAAAAGCUUGUUAAACAGCUUUCCUUGAUGAUGAUUGGAACUCCGGAAAAUAGCAUUUCAAAUGUCAUUUGAGCGAACUUGUAAGCUCAAUGGAUAUUCCUUUUUUGCUGAUAUACAUUCUUCGGUAGGAAUAAAACGCUUCAAUUUUUGUGUCAACUUAAUCGGUUUUGAGUUGAGUUAGAGCAGAUCGCAUGUGAAAAAGUGAUCAACAGAUGAUGAACAGUAUUAUUGAAUUAAUUUUGAAAAUUAUCUCAUCUUGAUCAAGUAUCAACCUUCAAGGCAUUUCCUUUGAAAGCCAUAGCAUUCAUUGGCUAAGCAAUAUACUGUCGGCAGCCAAAAGCAUCUAUGAAUGUUUUAUUCACCAUUUGCAUGAAACAUGAAAUUUUUGUGGAAAAUUGUGAAAAAACUGAACAGAGUUCAAUGAAAAUUUUUAUAUAUUAAUGAAUUAAUAAUAGCAUGAAAUCAAUAGUUGAACUACAAUUACAAAAAUAUCAGAGUUAAAGCAGAAUACAGGUUACUGAGAAAGUCACUGACGAUGGUUUUUUCAUUGUAAGUUUGAGUCUUUAAAUUUCGAUUGAAUUCACUGUACUCAGUGGAAAUAAAUAUGCAAUCAUUCAUGCUUACUGCAGCCUCUAGUAAAUGAGAUAUUUCCGAUUAUUACAGUUGGUCAUUUGAUUUUGAGUUAAGAAGAAACCUAAUUUUGCAUUUUAUUGAAGUGACACAGAGAUGGUGAUUACAGGGCUCAAGCUAACUUUUAUUAAACUUUUGUACAAAAAAUUGAUUGAAUUAAAAUUGUCAAAUCGAUUAAUCAUUAAUCAAAUCUUUUCUUAUU